AAAGUGGGUGCUCACCACCAAAACAACCAACCCACCAAAACAACCAGAUUCUUGAUAUUUGCAACCAUCUUUCUUCGCACAGCCACCACGACGUGUGCACGUAUGGUAUCGCGAUCAAAACAAUGGAGGCUCGCUUGCAGAAAGCAGUAGAUUUCCACCAAAAAAAUCCUGAGUAUCCAGUCAGUGCGCUGUGCAGGGAUUUCGAGGUUCCCCGUCAACGCCUCCGCAACCGCCUCAAAGGCAUUCCCCCCAAGAAAGGACAGCCCGCACACAACAGCCAGCUGUCUCCAGCAGAGGAAAUCGCUCUUGUGACGGUGCCGGUCCGGCCAUGACCAGAAAGGGCGUCGAAAUGAACGGAAUGCAGGUGAAUGGAAUGCAG